AUCUUUUUCUAGUUUCUUCUUCCUUAUCUAUAUAACUGUUUACAAACUCGAAUUUUCUCUCACCAACACAACAAUGGCAGCCGAAGAAAUCCUCCCACUUUUUGAUCUCUUCUGGUUUCAACAAGCAAUAUUCCCCAGAAAACCUCUUUUAAAAACCUGCUUUCAAGGUAGUCCUGUGAUGAAGAUGAGAUCUCAAAGCGAGUAUCUUCUAAACUCCAAGGAUUUCCCACCACCCGUAACCACCCUCAACUCCAACCAAAAGCUGGAAACCGUUCUUUCGGGUCAGGUAACGGAAUUUGGGGGAAGCGGAGAAGGAAAAGCGACGAAGAAGGAGAUGAAGAAGUUGGAAGGGAAUGAAAACAAAAUCAGAAGAAAGAAAAAGCGGAAAGGGCUGAGUAAGAGUUUAUCAGACUUGGAAUUUGAAGAAUUGAAAGGAUUUAUGGAUUUGGGGUUUGUGUUUAGUGAAGAAGAUAAAAAUGAUUCAAAUUUGGGUUCAAUAAUUCCAGGGUUACACAGAUUAGGGCCCCAAAUAACAGAAGAAAAAAGGAACGAAAAUGGGGUUUUAAGAAGGCCAUAUUUAUCUGAAGCUUGGGAAGCAAUUGAAGAAGAAAAUGAAAAAAUGGUUUUGAUGAAAUGGAGAGUUCCAAGUUUAGGAGCAACUGAAAUGGAUAUUAAACAUCAUCUCAAAUUCUGGGCUCAUACCGUGGCUUCAACUGUCAGAUAACACCACUUUUCUUACAUCUUAUGGCUGUACAGGGUGUGUAUUCGUGGAGAAUUUCUCUCGAGAAAUUGAACAACUUUCUUCACAAAAGUUGAAGAGAACCGAGUAGGAAAGGACCUCGAGGGCUACCGAAGAAGGAAAAAAGUUCAGGAAGGCCAUCAAAUUUGAAGAAAACAUAAGCUUAGGCAGGUUCUUUUUUUUCUUUUGGUUUAACAGAGCAAUUAGAUUUUCUGAAAUUUGGGAUUGUAGGACGUAAUUUGUGAACUCUAACCUAUUGGGUAAUUUAAUUUAAAGGUAGUUAAUGAUUUUUGUGGAAGAAACUUUUUGAGAUUGGAUUGGAUGAAAUCAAAGCUUAACAUCUUGAAAGAAGCUGCUGUAGAAUAGAGACACUUGCGGAAAAUUAGGUGGGCUGAAGGAAGAAGAUGAUGUAUGAUACCUUUUGCCCGUCAUUAAAAGAUUUUUUUUUUUAUAA